CGUGUCGGAUGCACGCGAACGUAACCUCUUCUUCCAGCGAGGGACUUCUCGAAAGGUGCACGUGAUGUUGACGCGAAGGAAUAAUUUAUAAAUCACUGAGAUACCAUGAUUUCCAAACUGUCACGGACGAAUGUCCUCGCCAUCCGAUGUCUAGACGACCUCGUGCUCGUGGGUAUGGGACCCACACUCCACGUCUUCCAGUGGUCCAAUGAAUGCGAGAGAUAUGAGUUGAGAAAUAAAUUGAAUUGUUUAUACCUAAGUAAUAUACAUGGCAUCGUGGCAGGGCCAGAUAAUAAAUUAGUUGUAUUCGGUGCCAAGUCCAUAUGCGUCUGCGACAUUAUUAAUCUAAGAGAAGCAAUUAUACUUAAAAAACAAUGCACUGAUCAGCUGAAUGACUGGAUAAUUGCUGUAGAAUGGAUAUCGAUUGAGGGACAAAUGCAAUUGGCAAUUCUAUUUGCUCAUAAUUAUUUAUGCUUAUACAAUACAUUUGAUAAGACUUCUCAGAAUGUGCAUUGUGAAGAAAAAUGCAUACUUUAUGGUGGAUCAAUAUCAGGAACUUCUCAAGAAAAUCUAGUCGUUUUUAGUGGAACAGUAUUUAAAGAAAUUUUAAUAUGGAAAAUAGACAACAAUUAUGAUAUUAAUGAAAGAAUGCCAGUUUUGCAUCGCUUGAUAGGACACAAGGGUGUGAUUUUCUCUGUUAAUUAUGAUUCAUGUUCACAACUUAUUUGUUCCACAUCAGAUGAUAGAAGCGUCAGAUUCUGGAAAGUGGUAAAAAAUGAGAAUCUUGAAAGCUAUCAUUUAAAUUGGCAGACAGCAAAAAUAGUCCUGGUAAAAACAAUGUUUGUACAUGCUGCAAGAGUUUGGAAAGCUAUAAUCAAGGAUGAUAUUGUUGUCACAAUAGGAGAGGAUUCACUCAUGUGCACAUGGUCACUCUCAGGUAAUUUACUUAACAAAGUCCAUCAUGGAGCACCUAUAUGGAGUAUCGAUAUAUCUAAAGACAGUAGAAGAAUAUUCACGGGUGGAGCUGAUGGAUCUGUAUACAUGUGGCAAACCACACAUCAUAUUAAUCCAAAAAUAAUUUCCCUGUCUAGUAAUGACACGCAUAGCAAUCCUAAAUUUAUAUCCUAUUUGAGGAAUGAUACAUUAUUGAUCUUUACUGAAAGUGGGAUGCUAUUUUGUUACGACAAGGAAAAAAUAUUGCGUAGAAGAUUUUCUCCAAGCUCAAAAACACAACGCAAUUAUUACAUUAUGCAAGUCUCUCCAAGUCGUUUCUUUGUUGCCUUUGCAUCUAGAGAAGGAUACGUAACGAUAUAUCAGGUAUCUCAAGAUGAUCAUUUUGUUACCGGGUUUGUGUCUCAUGUCAUCGAAGAGAGAAUAAUGGAAUCACAAAUCUUUUCUUUGCACUGGUUGGAACACGCUAAUAGCACUAGCUUAAUAGCAUGUGGAGCAAAUGGCCUUUUGAAAAUAUUUACCCUCAUAAUCCAUGUUGAUAUAGCUAAAAUUCGUAUAGAUGCGCAAUUUGUAUUACCUCCCAGUAGAGAACGUUGGCUGACGGCAACUAUAAUUUACAAACAGUUGUUAAUAUGUGGAGACAGAGCUGGAAAUGUUUAUGUAUAUAAGUGGAAUGAACAAACAAAUAAGGAUAAAAAAGAACCUAUUCAAAUACUCAAUAAAGUUCACGGUAAAAUAGGAGUUCAAUCGUUUAAUAUAUGGGAAGAGAAGUUAAUGACAACUGGACGCGAUGGAAUGUUGAGAUUUUAUGAACUGAAUAAGGACGAGACAAAACCCUUAUUGAUGCUGCAUAGAAAGAAGAUGCCAAUCGACUGGAUCAGUGGCAUGUUAAAAUCAGUGGACGGACACUGUACUCCUUUUAUAUUUGGUUUUAAGGAGGUGGAAUUUAUAAUAUAUAAUUUGUCGACUGAAAGCAUUGUAAUCAGAGUUCCUUGCGGUGGCGGUCAUAGAUCGUGGGACUGUAUAAUGUCGGGUGCAACAACAAGUUUCAUUUAUAUACAAAAUAAGCAGAUUUACGUCUUUAAUUAUCCUCUAUCUUCAGCACUUUUUCCAAUUUUACAGAAUGGUUUUCACAUAAAAGAGACAUAUUGCUUGCAACAUAUUUCGAAAAUCGGUUUUCUUAAACAAGAUAACAUUUUCAUCUCUGGUGGAGAAGAUUGCACUCUUCGUGUUAGCUGUAUACGUGAAUCGUUUGAAGACGAUUCUCAUGAUGCCUUUCAUAAUUUAGGAAACUUUGAUGGUCAUCUUUCAGGCAUAAAAUGCAUAAGCACUAUUAAAUUAAAAAAAACCGAUGAUUCAAUCAGCAAAUAUUUGGUUUUCUCUGGCGGAGGAAGAGCGCAAUUAAAAAUUUGGGAAAUAAGAAUCAAAAAUAAAGAUUGGAUACCGAUAAGUCACUCGAUAUCAUCGAGUGACUUAUCGUGCUUAGAUAUAAAAUCUCAUAUGCUUUAUGGACAAGAUCAGUACCGCAGAAAACCUUGGCAAGAAUCUGAGCAAUCUUAUAUUAUUGAACCAGAAACGCGUUACAUGGAUAUUCGUAUACAUUAUUCUUCUAAAAAUCCAAAUCAUGUGUUAGUCUUUAUAGCUUGUGCAGAUGGAUACUUGAGAUUAUUUAUAUAUAAUAUCACAACCAAUGACAUAUGUUUAAAAGUAUCUACCAAACAUGUAGACCGUUGUAUUUUAAAGAUGUACAUACUAUCGCAUAAAUCCAAAGUGAUCAUUUUAACAAUGACUACUGAUGGAAUAUUACGUUUCUUCAAUUUUACUAAAACAGUCUUGAAAAUACAUAAAGAUGCGAAUAUCGGAAACCAAGAUAUUGUAGACUUUAGUGACGAGCCUUUUGCAGAAUUUCGUUUGCAUCAAUCAGGGAUUAAUUCUUUUGAUUUAAAGCACAUGGAUGAGGAUAGAUAUCUCUUAGCCACCGGUGGCGACGACAAUCUUCUCAAUCUCGUAUGUUUUCAACUUUGCAUAUCAGAAAACGACGCACUGUCAGCUGUAACGUUGUCCAAAUGGAGUACAGCAUCAGCACAUUCCGCGCAAAUUACAGGUUUGAAAUUUAAAGACGAUGAUCAGAUAUGCAGCGUGGGAAUAGAUCAGGAAGUUAUUGUCCACAGUUACUCCUGGUCCCAUGGAGUCAUAUCUGCAAAUAAGUUAAAUCAAGUAUUUACAUCUGUCACAGAUGUGCAAGGCAUGGACUUGUGGCCUUCCGUUGUUGGCAGCAAUAUGUUGUGCAUAUAUGGAAGAGGCUUUGAAGUACUAACUAUCUAGAAAACCGAAUUAUUAUUUGCACGAAAAAUACUUUCAUGGAAAUAUAAUACAUUAAAUAUUACAUUUAUUUAUUCAUUUUUUUAUAAUCUCAGA